AUGAAAGAAGACAAUGUUGCUACAAAUGAACACGAUGUAGCUACGAAAGAAAACAAUGUUGCUACGAAAGAAGACGAUUUAGGUUCAAAUGAAAACGAUGUAGGUUCAAAUGAAAACGAUGUAGGUUUAAAUGAAAACGAUGUAGGUUCAAACGAAAACGAUGUAUUCAUGAAAGAAGACGAUGUAGCUGUUGGAAAGAAAAAUACAGAUAAAUACACUACUUCAGAUCUACAACCAUCUAGUGAAUUGGAUAAUAUGAUCGUGAAAAAUAAAGAAAUCGUAGGUGAGCAAGACAGCCACGAUACUCAUGAUGAAAUUUCCACUGUAAACAACGGUUGUCCCGAAAAGAACCGCAAUAACAGCACGGAGUUGGUUGAAGAUGUUGAGAUAACAAUGAGUAUAGAACAAGUAAUACAUGUUAUAAAUGAUGGUUUAUAUGAAGUCAAUGAUGAUUCGAACGAAAAUGUUGCAUUAUUUGUACGUGAUUGCGUUCCAGUGCAUUGUGAUGUGACGAAAGAGCAUGGUGUAGCAAUUGAUGAUGGUACACCAGAGAGAGAUGUUGUACCAAUAGAUGGUGUGCCAGAAGAAGAAUGUGUUGCAGUAGAUACAAUUGUACUUCAGAAAGAAGGUGUUUUAGGAGAUGGUGGUGUCCCUGAGGAAGAGCAUGUUCUUGUAGCUGAUGGUGUACUUCAGGACGAAAGUUUUCCUGUAGAUGAUAUAGUUUCUGUGGAAAAACAUUUCCCGGUAAAUUACGAUUCCCCCAAAGAAUUAUGUGCUCCACAAGAUGAUGGUGUGUCCGAGAAUAAAUAUGUUGUAAUAGAUGAUGGCGAGCCUCAAGGAAAAAGAGUUCAAAUACUUGGUUGUACGCGCGAGGAAGAACUUGUACCAGCCAAUGCUAAUGUAGUUGAAAAAUUUUAUCCAAUAGGGACGGAGAAAAGAAAUACGACAGUAAAUGGUAUUGUGCCACGAGACGACCGUUUUCUCUUAGAUGAUCAUUUUCAUGAGAAAGAUUCUGAGAAAGAUUCUGAUAUUUUUGAGAAAGAACGUGUUCCGAAGAAAAAAGGUGUAACAAUAAAUGAUGGUGGUUUAAGUAAAGAUGCUGUACAAGUUAAUGGUAGUGUUCUAAAUAAAGAAUAUACGGCACAGCAUGUAGAUGUGUUAGUACUGGAUGGUUUACCUACAGAGAAAAACAAGCGUACGAGAGAUAUUAACCGCAUUUCAUAUUCAAAAUCAAUGGAAAAAGAAACACCAAUCACAAACCGUAACAUUCAAUGUAAUAGUAAGCACUCAGCUAAUUGUGAAGUGACAUUUGGCAGUAAACUACCAGCUGAUAGUGAAUUAAGCGAUGAUGUUGAACUGAGGGAUGAUGGUAAACUGAGAACUGUGGGCGAACCAUUGGUUGGGAAAAAUGAUGGUAUACAUAAGGACUCUUAUUCACCUUCAAAUAUCAGUAAAGCCGAUGAAAGUACGGAGUCAUUUGACAAAUAUGAAUCGGUCAACAUAUUCACGGAGAAAGAAAAAUCAGUAAAGAAUGCCUUCUCAUUUGUAGAUAAACUAUCUCAUAAGCCCUUUGAUGAUGUCCGGACAGAAUUGAAGAAAGGAAAAAAGGAUAGUGACAACAAAAAAUUUGAUCCAUUUAAAGUUUCAUUACGAUCAAUGAUUGGUGAUAAGAAAACUAGUUACAACAAAGAUGUAAUCAAUCAUACUAGUAAGCCUGAAACAGUCAUUCCUGCAAAGUUAAGCAUUACAUCAUCAUCGGAUAUCAAGUCUAAAGUACCACCUACCUCACCCAUAUUUACCAAUGAAAACAAACAGACUUCCAAACAGAAAUUGAAAAAGUUUCUACAAAAGAAAAUAGGUUUUUCUAUGAACUUAGAAAAGUCUUCAAGUCAAAACAAAGAAAAAAGGUGUUUCGAAGAUUUUUCUAAGAAUAAUUCAAAGCAUUUGGAGGAUAGCGAAAAUAUUUCUAAGAUUGUUGCGAAGCAAUUAGAUGCAUGUAAAAACGAUUCGGUUUUAUCGCGUGUUAAAAUAUCUUUGGACAAUAACAAGGACUGUGACGGCAAGUUAGCAUCAUGUCCCCGAAAGAGAAAAGUUCCUUCACUAAAUGUUUCAAAAGAAUCACCAAAAAAACGACGAAAAUCAUCACGUAUACCAAAACGCAAGCAAUACAAGGAGUACAAGGUGAACAUGAGAUUUAAAAAUAACGAAAAUUUUCAUAAUAUAUCAAACGAAGACUUGGAUUGUCGUGAUGAUGAAUUUCGUUUACAAUUGGAUGAGUCGUUGGAGACGGUAUGUCCAGAUGAUGCCGCAAGAGGACUGGAAACCAACCCUACAAAUAGUCAGUGUUUUGACGUGUCUCUAACUUCAACUGGCAAUGAACGGCCUCGCGAAUCUGUUGGUACAUUCAUCAAAUCUGUAGAAACGAAACCAGCAAGUCGCUUUACGCCAGUUAAUCGAAGAAGGACAACGAGCAGACGUAGCAAUCCGGCAAAUCAACAAUCAAUGAUUUCUUCAUCCAUCCAAGAUUCUGAACCUAUGCGCAUGUCAGAAAUCAGCAAAGUAUUAAAUGAGUUCAAAGAUUUGGCUGCAGAGUAUACAAGAUCUAGUUCGCCAAUCUUUGAUGGUGAAGACAAUCAAUGUGAUUCUAAAGUUGGUAUUCCAGGGAAAAUUUCUUCCACUAAUGAUUUCACAGACAAAUCACUCAUUUCUCACGUCUCAAAGUUUGGACGUAAAAGAAAAAGAAAACGCGACCGUUGUGUAUGGACGAAUCGUAGAAGAAAAAAAGAUAAAAAUGCACAAAUAAAUUUUGAGAGAACAAAUGGUUUUAAACAGAACGAACAAUUGCAGACAAUAAGUGAACGUUUAGACGAUCUUCUCGCUAAGCAAGAUUUAACACAGCUACCUUUAAUUGGUGAUGAAAUAAAUAACGUCCAGACUACAGAUAUUUCACUACCUACCACCAGUGCUUUGAAAUGUCGGCGAAAUUUGCGAAGUUUUGUUGACGAGGAAAUAAUUGAAUCGUCGAGUCAACAACUAUUGACGUCAAAUAACACCUUUCACAACGUUGAAUUUAGCAACAGACAUUCAGAUGUAGGUAGAGAUCUAAAAAUAAAACUGACCAGUGAAAAAGAUCGCCAUACUGGUGUUGUAAGAUGGAGUAGAAGUUUUGAAACCAGAGAAAAGGAAUCGAUUGAAAAGCCUCCGUCAUCAAACUAUGGAUUACGAAAGUCCAAAACUAGAGUGUCGAAAAAUUUAGUGAAAACAGACCGAGAUGGUAAACGACGUCGAAUGACAAUCAGCGAUAUGCCAAGCAAUUUAAAAAGUCCAGAUACAUUACUCAAUCUUAGUAAACGACCUUUAGAGAGUUACAUAAAACAAAUAGAAGAUGUUCAUUAUUCCGACAAAAAGACAUCCAAAGGAGUCCUUUCCAUUGAUAUGAAAGAUAGAGCUACAAAAUUCAGUGCAAACACACAUGAUUCAUGCGACUAUCUGCGACUUGGCGAAUUCGAUGUUAUACUUGAAAUCGCGAGGAAAACGUUUCGAGACAGCAAUAUAAAGAACUAUCGUGCUUCGUCACGUUCACUAUACGUUGCUGCGAAGCAAGGCAAAGUCUUGCAAGUAUUGGUUCUUUCUUCGUCAUGUAAUGUGAAUGCAACCAUACCACAAGAGAAACAUAAAACGGCCAUGCAUGCAGCUGCUGCUGCUGGUCAUGUUCAAGUUUUAAAAAUACUUUCCAUGGUUGGUGGAAAUGUUUCAUCCUUUGAUACGAGUCUGCGAACACCUUUGUUUGAUGCUGUUGAACACAAGAAAACUGAAGCUGUGAAAUUUUUGAUUAAUCAUACUGUGAACUUCAACCUGAAGGAUUGUCAGGGUAUGACAAUUCUUCAUUUUGCUGCUCAAAAAUCAUCGGUAGAGAUUAUAAACUUGCUCCUGGAGACACGUAAAGUUGACAUCAACGAACAGGAUAACGGCGGAUGGACGGCGUUGAUGUGGACUGCUGAAGGGAUGCGAAAGGAUGCUGCGGAAUGUUUGUUGAAAUGGGGAGCAAAUGUGAACAUCCUGGAUAAUGAACAAAAUACAUGUCUACAUUGGGCUGCUUUAGCUGGAGAUAUUCAUAUUAUGGAAUUGCUUCUCAACAAAAGCGUUCACGUGGAUGCUAAAAAUAUUUUUGACGCUACGGCUUUGCAUAUAUCAGCCAGAGAAGAGAAACUUGAAAAUAUCAAAAUUCUUUCAAUGUAUCGACCUAACUUAAACAUUCAAGAUGUCGACAAAAAAACACCAAUUGAACUUGUACCAGUGGGGUCCCCGUGUCAUAUACAGUUAAAGAACAUGGAGUUGCUAGAAAGACUGUCAAAAUGUUCUCGCAAACAGCGUCUUAUAUCUAGAGACAUCUCUCGUGGUUUGGAAAAACGACCAAUACCUUGUAUUAAUGAAGUUGAUGAUGAGGAUCUUCCAGAACACUUUGUUUAUGUCAGUAAUAAUUUGGAAAGUCAAAGUCAAAGUUUUGUUCGUGGAAUUUCCGGUUGCAACUGCUCAGAUGGAUGUUCAGACGAGAGUGCAUGUGAUUGCGUCAUGUUGUCUUAUCCUAGGCGUUUUUGGUAUAAUGAGGCUGGUCUAAUCAGCAGUAAGAUUUUUAAAGAAGACCGUCCAUACGUUUAUGAAUGUAACAUGAAAUGUAAAUGUUGGUCCACGUGUCGUCAACGUGUGGUUCAACAUGGUAUUAACGUAGCUCUACAACUUUUCAAAACAGCAGAGAAAGGUUGGGCUGUCCGUACUCAGGAACUUAUACCUAAAGGAACUUUCGUUUGCGAGUACAUAGGCGAGGUACUAACUGAUAGCGAGGCAAAUCAACGCGACGAUGAUUCUUAUUUGUUUGAUCUUGAUCUUAAGGGUCAAUCUGCAUUAUUCUGCCUUGAUGCAAAGUUUUAUGGGAACAUCACUCGAUUCAUAAACCAUUCCUGUGAUCCUAAUAUUCUACCUGUGCGCGUUUUUACUGAUCAUCAGGUCAAGUGUUGCCCUCGGAUAGCGUUUUUUGCUGCGAGGGACAUUUAUCCUUAUGAAGAAAUUUGUUCUAACUACGGUGAAAAAUUUUGGACCGUGAAGAAAUCUGAGUUUUUCUGUCUUUGUAAAACAAGUAAAUGUAAAUAUGGCCUGAAGAAAGACAUUUCUGGGCAGUCGGUUAAACGGAUGAAGUGAUGUGGUCGUUAUUCUUGGUCUAGAUUUCUUUUACACUCGUUUCUUACCGUGUUUUAUUUGUCAAAUUAGCUUGAAAUUUAUGUGAUUAUAACUUUUACUUAGGAAAAA